AUGGUUUACAUCUUGAACAGAUUGUGUGUGUGUGUUGGGAAUGGUGAUGCAGAAAACAGGACCAAUGGUUGCCAGAAAAAACAUAUUUGGGAAAAGCAAGACCUUCAAGAGCUGUUAGGGAGCUUUCAUGGGACAGAUGGAAAACAGGAAAAGUUCAGAGAAAUGGACAAGAGUUGCUGUGAAAUUCACAGCCUGUCAGAACAGAGUGGCCUCCAACCUGCUCGAAGCCCUGCUGGGCAGCAUGGAGAGUGCUCUUUUUACAUGAGCAAAGCUAGUUCCAGGAAAAAGGAGACAAGAAUGGGGAACAAGUGUGGGGGGAAAAACCUGACCUAUGAAAAUGUGGAGUCAGAUGGUCCAAAUGACCAGAAGCAAAAAUCUUCUGGAAGGGCACUGUUUAACCUGAGUUGCAGCCAUCUAAAUCUUGCUGAAAAGGAAUAUUUGGGCUUAGAAUUCUGCAGCCAUUCUGGAAAUAAUGUUUGGUUGGAACUCCUGAAGCCUAUAACCAAGCAAGUAAAAAAUCCUAAGGAGGUUGUUUUCAAAUUUAUGGUGAAAUUUUUCCCAGUGGACCCUGGACAUCUGCGGGAAGAGCUUACAAGGUACCUUUUUACUCUCCAAAUAAAGAAGGAUUUGGCUCUAGGAAGGCUCCCAUGCAGUGACAACUGUACAGCGUUGAUGGCAUCACACAUCUUACAAUCAGAACUGGGAGACUUUCAUGAAGAAACAGAUAGGAAACAUCUGGCACAAACCCGGUACUUACCAAACCAAGACUCUUUAGAGAACAAGAUCAUGCAGUUUCAUCAGAAGCACAUUGGCAGGAGCCCAGCUGAAUCUGACAUUCUGCUACUGGACAUAGCGAGAAAGCUGGAUAUGUAUGGCAUCAGGCCUCACCCUGCCAGUGAUGGUGAAGGGAUGCAGAUUCACCUGGCUGUUGCUCACAUGGGAGUUUUGGUGUUACGGGGAAAUACAAAGAUCAAUACUUUCAACUGGGCUAAAAUACGCAAGUUGAGUUUUAAGAGAAAGCAUUUUCUCAUCAAACUUCAUGCCAAUAUCUUGGUGCUGUGCAAGGACACCUUGGAGUUCACCAUGGCCAGCCGAGAUGCUUGCAAAGCUUUCUGGAAGACUUGUGUGGAAUACCAUGCUUUCUUCAGGCUUUCAGAAGAGCCCAAAUCAAAACCCAAAACGCUCCUUUGCAGCAAGGGUUCUAGUUUCCGCUAUAGUGGAAGAACACAAAGGCAACUUUUGGAAUAUGGGAAAAAAGGGAGGUUGAAGAGCUUGCCAUUUGAAAGGAAACAUUACCCAUCUCAGUACCAUGAACGACAGUGCAGAUCCUCGCCAGAUCUCCUCUCUGAUGUGUCAAAACAAGUGGAAGACUUGAGACUAGCAUACAGCGGUGGGUACUACCGAAAUGUGAAUGGAGUGCACGCAUCUGAGCCUGUGCUAGAUAGCAGGAGGAGGAACUCUGCAGUGGAGGUCACAUUUGCAGCUGAACUAGAGCGUUCCAAACCUGAGGCAGAUCCUACGUUGUUACAUCAGUCUCAAAGCAGUUCAUCUUUCCCUUUUAUUUAUACAGACCCUGUCUUUACCACUGACCCUGAUCCUGACCCUGAUCCCAGAGACUUCUUUGAAGAAAGAAGUCCUCUAAGCUCCUUCCAAACAAGUUGUACCUUUGCUGACAAUCAAAUGAGCACAUCUUCUGGCCUCACAAACAAAGUGAGUCCAGCAAGGCAGCUAACUUACACAGAUGUGCCCUAUAUUCCUUGUACCAGUCAGCAGGUUGAUAUUAUGCCUCCACAAGUAUUUUUUUAUGUGGACAAGCCACCCCAGGUACCCAGAUGGUCUCCAAUCAUGGCAGAGGAAAGGGCAAGACCAGACAGCUAUAUAGAGCCCACUGCAAUUAAGCCAGUCAAAAGAAGCCCAAGGAAUAUCAGAAUGAAGAGCUUUCAGCAAGAUUUUCAAGAACUCCAAGAAGCUAUGCCCAGACCUAGUGGUAGGAGAAACAUCAAUGUAGAUCUAGAAGAGGAAGACCCAAAUUUAGAAGAUGCAUUUGCAUAUAACAUUCAAGAACAUACCCCUAAACGGUCUCAGAGCCAAUCAGACAUGAAAACUAUUCGUUUCCCUUUUGGGUCAGAAUUUAGACCUUUAGGGCCUUGUCCUGCUCUGAGUCGUAAAGCAGACCUAUUUACAUAUAUGUUUCCAGAGAAGGAGUUUCCAGCAGUCCGAACAGAUCAGAGUACAGCAGAAAAAUAUGUAGCUAGUGAAUCUAGUGAUUCAGAAUCAGAGAUUCUUAAACCAGACUACUACUCCUUGUAUGGCAAAGGAAUAAGGUCACCCAUGGCCAGAGUCCGCCUGUCUUCUGGUAGUCUGCAGUUAGAUGAAGAAGAAGAAGUAUCUUUCAACGCACCAAGUGCUGAAGACAGGACUUUGCUAAAACCAUGUAAUUACUUUUUAGCUUAAAAGUGUGAGCUCCAUGAACAUUUGUGGGCCACUUCUGUUACCAACUUAGGUAAAAAAAAAAUAAGGAACUUUUCGUACAAAACUUUUUUUUUGCUUACUAUUUAUUAGUGUUGAAUCUUCUCAUUCCGGGCACCUAGUUUACGAAAGGUCCAGCUGCUGCCCCACAUUGCAAGCUUCACUGUUCUAUUCUCUCUGAAAGUACUUUGGAACAUAUCCUCUCCUCACCAGCACUAUUGCUGGUAUUCGUCAUCUUCAUUAUACAUUUCUUCAAAGAUGCAUUGGCUUUCUGAAACUGAAGAAUGGUGACAAUGUGGUUUGACAAAUGGAAUUGAUUUCUAGUAACAUUUAGUGAUUUAGUACAUUGCUGCUGUGUUGACCAUGCUGUUCUUAAAGAAUACUGGACCAAGGUGUCAAUCUUCGUUAUUUAUAUAAGGCCUGGUACACAUAAUCUUGUCAUAUGGUAAGGACUUCAACUUUUAUAGCAUAUAUGUGGGGAAGCAUGGCCCUCCUAUACACUCAGGAACAAGGUGAUGGCAUGGAUCCUCUCAAUAGAACACAAAAUUAGAAUUAUUUUGGACUUCUCAGAAUUUUACACCUAGAAAGCUCAUGAAUUAAACCAAUUUCUUAAGUCAGAUAUAUACCUGAUGAGUAUAUCUCACUUAUAACUUCUAUAUUUUUUAGAUCCUUGGAGUAAUUUGUUUGGAUAAUCCAUCACAGACAAAACAUCUAAACUUUUAAGUGGUUUUCUAUGAUUUUUAACCAAAUUUUUGAUGUCAUAAGGACAUAAUCUUAGCUUCAUUGUUGCUGUAUGAAUUAUUUUGCUUUUACGUGGGAAUUUUUAGUAGCUUUGAGAUGAAAUUCACAUACCAUAAAUUCACCCAUUUAAAGUGUAGUGUUCAGUAGCUUUUAGUAUAUAUACAUAUAUUUUUAUUUAAUUGCCAAAAGGUGUGUGUGGUCACCAGAGAGAUAGAGAGAAGAAGAGGGAGAAAGCACCUCCCAAUGUAGCAUAGUUAUGUUGCAAUCCCUUCUCCAUUUCUCCAUUCCACUGGGAUUUGAGGCACUCAUGUACACAAAUUCUACAUGUUUUAUCAAGCCUCCAGAGCUGGGAUUUGAACCAUGGUCAACCAUGUGGGAACUGGCUUCCUUAACCACUAGGCCUCAGAGCAACCCUGGUUUUUAGUAUGUUAAGAGUACAGCCAUUAUUAUGGCUUAAUUUAAAAUGUUUCUGAAAAAUAUUUUCAUAACUCCAAAAAGAAGUCCCAUAUCCAUUAUCAGUCAUUCUCAAUCCCCAAGACCUCCCCCUUCCAUUCCCAGGCAAUCACUAAUUUACUUUCUGACUCAACUUACUUGCCUCUAGCACACAUUUCAUAUAAAUGUAACCAUAUAAGAUGUGAUCCUUUGUAAUAAUUUUUUUUCACUUAGCAUAAUGUUUUCAAUAUUCAUCCAUAUUGUAACAUGUAUCAGUACUUCAUUGCCUUUUCUGAUUGGAUAGUAUUCUGUUGUACAGAUAUAUCAGUUACUAUUUAUCCACUCAUCAGUUGAUGGAUUUGGGUUAUUUCCCUAAUUAUACCAAUGCCAAUAUAAAAAUUUUAUACAAGUUUUAUAUGGACAUACAUUUUCAUGUCUCUCAGCUAUAUACCUAGACUUGCUGAGUCUAAAUGUGGGCGAGACUUAAAUUUAGUUUUAUUUUAGUAGCUUUAUCAAUAUACAAUUCACAUUUCAUACAAAUUGCCCAUUUAAAUUGUACAAUACAAUGGCUUUUAUUAUGUUCAAAGUAUCAUAAUCUAUCAGUCACAACAUUUUAUUGCCAAAAAGAAAAAAGAAACUAUUGGGUCAUCAGAAAAGUCAUGAGUUUUUCUAUGCAAAAAUGCAUCAUAACUUUUCCAAUGACCCAAUGUAUAAUCGUUAGCAAUCUUUCACCAUUUCGCUCUCUCCCACCACCUGAAGUUCUGUAUUAUUAUCUAGUAUAUGUAGUGAAAGAUGGAUGUUACUAGAUCUGCUUAUCUAAUUUUUCCUGCCAGAAUUUAUUUUUUGCUGUAUAUUACUGCAUGUAUGUAGGCAAGAAAAUGAGAUGAAUGUUAUUUUAAUAAAGAGUGAUGAAAAAUCCAUUAAAUUAAAAGUAAGUAUGGUCUUCCUUUUUGAAAAAUCAAUUUCAGAAGCGAUGGGCUCUGGCCUAUAACUAAAGGGAAGGGAUAAUUAUAGAUAAGGAAAAGGAGGGAGGUAAGUGAAAAUGUGUGGUUGGUGGAGAAGUGGUAGAAUGGAGGAAUAGCUGGAAAUGCAUAGGACAGCACUAACACUGGGCUGAGUUACUGAACCAAAAUUCUCUUUACCCAUUCAGAAUUUCUGUUCUAGUCCUCUCCAAGGUAUAGCAUUCUAUCUCAGCACUUUAUUUUCUUUGUUGAUUUUAAUGUUAAUUCUGACAU